AAAAUAGAUUUGUGAUAGUCAGUUGUUAUCACUUUAUACGAAAUCAGUUUCCUAUCUUGGUGAAAUGCUUGUGGAAGAUCAACUAAGGCGGAAGCUGCUGGAAGUUAAAAAUGAAACUGAAUACAGGUUGAUGUUGCUGAAUGAAGAAGAUGCUCUGUAUCCCCCUUGGUUCUUCACUUGGAUCGAUAAAAAACUGUCUGCUUUCGCUUGGCCACAGACCAGAGGCAAUUUGGAGUAUCUCUGGCAAAUUGGUACGAGACAUAUAGUAACGUUAUGUCCAGAGAAAAUUCCAGAUUUGGACAAGUCCCAAUUCACUUGGACGUACAUACCUAUCGAAGAAUGCCAUGCUCCCACAAUCGAUCAGAUCUUUGAAUUCAUCAGAACCAUACAGUGGUGUAGAAAAUACGAUAAGCCUGUAGGGGUCCACGACAGAUUGGGCCUUGGCAGAAGCGGUGUCAUGGUAGCCAUUUACCUCAUGUACUUCCACAGGCUGGAAGCAGACCAAGCCUUGAAGAACCUGAGGUAUCUCAGACCUGGUUCAGUGGAUUCCCUGGUGCAGGAAGAGUGUGUUUUGAACUACAGGCCUUCGGCGAGAAUUGCCAAUGAUCAGAGGCUGAAGAAGAUCACUAGGACGGGGGACCACUUUUUGAGUUUGUUGAAGAACGACGGGAGAGGGGGAGUAUGGGGAUUGCCUAAGAUGGAGUAUUUGAUAUCUAAAUGACAGGGGAAAUAUCUGUGAUUAUUAAUCGUUGAAUUAUAGGAAUCCUGAACGAGUAGAUUUUCAGAAUGUGGCACCCUGAAGAUAGGUGUGAAAUAUACAGGGUGUUCCUUAAUGACAUGUUUAUAUUCAAGGGGUCGAUUCUUG